AAGUUAUUUUAUAGUAGUCUGUAGCAUAACUCAUAAGUUUAAGUAUUAACUAUUAAGUAGUUUGUAGGUAUACCGUCUACCGAUUGGUCGUCUGGAUUGUAGUUUUCCUUAUUCGUAAUAAUACAUUGCACUUGUACAUCUUUUAUCAUAACUCAUAAUAAUAGGUAUAGAAACUAGAAAGUCUGAAUAAUGAUCACGAAUACAGACACAUUUUGUGAAAUAUUUGGAAUGACCAAACAAAAGUUAUGCCGACAAAUCGAUAACUUAAUGGUAAUAAUGGACCAGACCUACAACGAUAAUGAACUUAAACAACGCAUCGAUGCAAUAAAAUUAACCAUUCAAGAUCGUAUGAAAAUAAAUUCUGGAUUUGUUUACGUUUUCGGAUCUCGAGUCUAUAAGUUGGCUACAACCGAUAGUGAUUUAGAUUUAUACUUUGACGUUGGUGGUUGUUUUACAGGGAAAAUUGCUGACUCUCGAAUAAAGCAACUUCAGCUAGUAGACUUGUUUAUUGAAUCUUUCGAAAAAUCAGAAGAUUUUAUUAAUAUAGUAACUCUUAAGGACGCACGAGUACCUAUAGUACGAUUUCGACAUAAGCCUACCAAUCUGAAAUGCGAUCUAUCUUUUAGAAGUGGCCUUACUGUGCGGAACAGUAGUCUUGUAAAAUUAUAUUUAUCUUUGGACAAAAGAGUACAAUGGGUUGUAUGUGUUAUUGUCAAACAAUGGGCUCUAACUCACGAACUUAUAAACGACAAUUUGUCGAGUUUUGCAAUUAUUUGGUUAGUAUUGUUUGUUCUAAUCCGUCAAAAAGUCGUACCGCCAACAAUAGAGUUUUGGAAAAUGUCUACAAAACACGAACCAAAUUUUGUUGAAGGUUGGGAUACGAGUAUUUGUGUUCAAGAAAUACGUGUGCCUACAUUGACAACGGUUAAUUUGCAUACAUCUAAAUGGGAUCUGCUCCGUAGUGUGUUCGAGUUUUACUCGGAUACUACCACGCUAAAAAAUUAUGUACUGUGUCCCGUGCUCGGCCAGUUAAUUCCAAAGUCAACAUUCUACAAAGAUUUCUUAACGAAAUCUAGCUCGGAAAAAAACUUUCGUUACCAAAGAGAAAUGUUUGGAAGAACAAAGACAAUCGUAGACACGAAUUUUGGAUGUUCUAGUAGGAUAGAAAUACAAAAUCCAAUAAAACUUUGCAACAACGUUAGUCAUUGGCUUUUAGGAAAAGAUAUGAAUAAUUUUAUUGAUUUGUGUGUGCAAUCUGCUAAAUGUAUGAAAUAAAACCUACGCCCUAUUAUACUAAUAUUUAUAUUAGUUCAAAAUAUGUUAAUGAUUAUAAAAUUAUGUAUAUUAUAACUUUGUGUUGUAACUUUCAUUGUCAGUUGAUUUAAUAAAAUUGAGUAUUGCAUUAUUCGAA